AUGCUACAGGAUCUCGAUACCGGUCAGAUCAAAACAUGGCGUUCCAUCGUCACGCUCGUCGUUUUUGUCCUCACCAAUUUGACGGUUCUUUUCCCCUAUCACAUCCCGAUAUGUGUGCCUCGAUGGCUUGCAAACGCUGUUCUUGAUAUCCUCAGUACCUGGCGUGUGAUAUCGCCGAGACAGGAGAAACUUCUCCACGGUGACGAGGAUGACGAGGCCGGCAAAGUGGGUUAUUUCGUCUGGCUGAAGUUCCACAUGAACUUUGUAACGGCGCCUUUGGUAGCCGACCUCUUCCUGCUUUCCAUUUCCGCCAUAGGUCGAGCAGAGGUGCAUGACGGCACAAUCGGAGCCAACAACAUCUCACCGGUGGACAUCAUGCUGUUUUUCCUCACAUUGGCCUACAUCGCUAUUUCGAUUGACGCCUCCGGUUUGAUCAGGUACUUGGCUUUCAAGGUGGCCCAGAAAUACGGUGGCCAGAAAAGCGGCAAUUACGGGCACGAGCUCUUCGGUUACCUGUAUGCCUUCUUUUUCGGCCUGGGAACCUGCAUCGGCAACGACCCCAUCAUCCUAUCGGGCACGGCCUUUCUCGCUUACUUGACGCGGGUCUCCGGUAACAUUAUGCACCCAAGGGCGUGGAUAGUCAGUCAGUUCGCCGUGGCAAACACUGCCUCCGCCAUCCUCGUUUCCUCCAAUCCGACCAACCUUGUACUGGCUGGAGCAUUCAAGAUUAAAUUCAUCACCUACAGCGCCAACAUGAUUGUGCCCGUCGUUGUCACGGCCAUCGUGGUAUUUCCAUUCCUGCUGUACGUCGUCUUCGCCGAUGAACGCCUUAUCCCGCUGUCGAUUGAGAUCCGCGAGUUCCGCGAGCUUCCUGCUCAGUGCAGAGGCCAGCCCCGUAACCCCAACAUGCCUCGCACUAGGGGCAACUCGGAGGAAGAAGAGUAUUCGGCCAUGGAUGCUGAACAAAGCAGGAUUUACAUGAUCGCCCAGAUCAUGAACCCUAACCUAGACAAAGAAGGCGCGUGGUUCGGAGCUGUCAUCAUGGCCGUCACCCUAGUCACCCUUCUGGUGCUUAAUGCUGUUGACCAGAGCCAGGGCCAGCAUCCUGUCUUCUGGGUGACAUUGCCAGCCGCGUUUAUCAUGCUCUGCCAUGACUUUAUCUCUGAUUUCUUCAAACGUAAGAAGCGCAGGGAAUCUCGCGAGGAACCUCCGGAGGCUGAACCUACUUCCGCCGAGCCGCCGCUUAGUGAUGAGCACGAGCUGGCGAAGGAAGCGAAUGUCAGGCAAGAGGAGUGGGUUGAAGCACCUACCCAAGGCGAGCCACCAAGCCAUUCAUCCAAAACUGGAACAUCUAGCGAGAUUCAUGCCAUCAAUGGUGGCCAUGAUCGCGGCCGCGAUCAUGGCCAGAAGAUUGCGCUUGCGGCCAACAAUGGCGCCAGUUCAACAUCACCAUUUCUCGACCACCUUACAAUUUUAUCACCCGAACAUGGUAUCUCGGAGAAUGGCAGCAGUCUAGUCUCUGCGUCCUCGUCUCUACACGACUCUUCGACACCGAAGCUCGUCCCAGGCGAUGAAAAGUCACAGCGUAUCCGACCAGUGCUCAGCCCGAUCGACACCGCGGGUGAGGUGGUUAAGCUCAUGUGUGGAGAUUCGUCGAGCACGGUGCCCCCCACCCACAUGAGCAUCUCUGAGCCUCAGGUGGCGGGCAGACCAACGCAUCCAACGCAUCCCCGGGCGACUCUUGUCUCGGUUGUCAAGGAUGCGUAUCAUUGGUCACAUGAGACAUUCCCCACGGUUGUAACGGUGAUGACACACCUGCCAUUCAUGCUGGUGCCUUUCGCUUUGUCCAUGUUUGUCCUCGUGCAGGGGUUGGUCACCAAGGGAUGGGUGCCCGUAUUCGCCCACGGCUGGGAUCAUUGGGUCACCAAGACGGGCACGAUCGGCAGCAUCGGUGGCAUGGGCUUUCUCUCAGUCAUCCUUUGCAAUUUUGCAGGCACGAACAUUGGUAGCACCAUCCUGUUGUCGCGCAUCAUCCAGGCAUGGCAAGACAUCCACCGCGUGAACGGCACCUACAUUUCCGACCGGACGUUCUGGGCCACGGUGUACAGCAUGGCGCUGGGGGUCAACUACGGCGCAUACAGCAUGGCCUUUAGCGCCUCGCUGGCUGGUCUAUUGUGGAGAGACAUCCUUGAGAGAAAGCACAUCCACGUCGGCCGUCUCGAAUUUGCCGGCUCGAAUCUGCCCAUCAUCGGCAUCGCCAUGGCGGUUGGGUGUGCCGUCCUGGCAGCUGAGGUGUAUAUUGUCAGACACGAUUCCCCUUACGACCCACGGUGA